GAAAGAAAACCCUAGCCCCGAAGUAGCACGUGACUGUGAAAAUAGGAGUAGUAGCGAGCGCCGCAAGGCGAAAUCACACUAUCUCUGCUGAAACGCAAAUGCUUUUACAUCGACCGUCCAAUCAAGUGCCACGUCAUCGAUCCGCGUGAAAUCGAUUUUGAACGGCCAGGAUCAGCGCUGCAGAAAAACUGGGGGAAGCGAAGGGAAGAGGCUGGUAACUUGGCUGUUUUCUCCAUUCUCGCGUGCUCGGUUUUGGAUCGAAUUUUUUUUUCUCCGUUUGUUUGCGGAACAACGAGUUUCGAAAUCCCGUGGAGAACGUAACAUUCUUUGGUUUCUGGAUUUGAAGAUGAAGGCCACAAAGGAAUUGAGCCAGCAUGUGGAGGAAAAUGAGGUCACGGUCUUGGUUGAUGAGGAGGAGGACGAAGAAUACGAGUCCGAGGAUGAAGUAGUAGACGACGGAGAGGACGAUGAAGACGACGACGACGACGAUGACGAUGACGACGACAAUGAAGACGAGGAAGACGACGAUGAAGAUGAUGCUCCCGACGGCGGUGACGACGACGACGAUGAAGACGAAGAAGAAGAAAGUGAUGUCCAGCGCGGUGGAGAGCCUGACGACGACGAUAACGAUGACGACGACGAAGAUGAAGACGAGGAGGAUGAGGAGGAGCAAGGGGAAGAGGCGGAUUUGGGAACAGAGUACCUUAUCCGCCCUCUAGUCACUGCUGAGGAGGAGGAAGCAUCUAGUGAUUUCGAACCAGAGGAGAAUGGCGAGGAGGAGGAAGAAGAUGUCGAUGAUGAGGAUGGUGAGAAGUCUGAGGCUCCACCAAAAAGAAAGAGGUCAGAUAAAGAUGAUUCAGAUGACGAUGAUGGCGGUGAAGAUGAUGAUGAGAGACCCUCUAAGAGGUAGAACUGGGUCCAUUCUUUGCUUAAGGGCUCAGACUAGUCAACUUAUCUCCCUUUGCCCUUUAAAAACAUUUCAGGGACUUGUUUCAUUCUCUCUUGUAUCAUUAUGGUGCGACAUUAUUUAGGCUGAAUAACUUUCAUGUUUGGUGCGUAGUCAAUGGAUUAAAACAUUUGGUAGAACAAAUUUUGUAAGACUUGAAUGUUUUCUUAAAAGGGCUUUGCAGCUUGGUAGAUCUUAUGUUAUGUAUUACUGUAUCUGUUGGUAGAUUUCUACGUAUUGUUUUUUAUAUAACGAUCGUAUUAUUAUA